UAGCAACAAGUUGAUGGGGGAAAUGAUCAGAUCAUUGAGUGUCUUCUUUAUAUGUGGAAAGUACUAAAAUCAUCAAAAGGCGUUGCCAAAAAUCAAACAAGAAAUGAAACAAACAGAGAGCACAAUACAGAGCUCCCUGCCUCUUGAUAUCGCCCUCAAAAUUGCCUUAUCUCUCGAGGUAUCAGAUGUUUGUAAAUUAGGCAGUUGCUCUAAGUUUUGGAGAGAGCUAUGCGGGUCUGAUUGCUUAUGGGAGUCUCUUGCUAGACAAAGAUGGCCUUCAAUUCCUUCUCUCCAGAACUCUUCCAACAAGGAUUGGAGGGAGAUUUACAUAAAGAUGCAUAACGAAAUGGAGAGCAAAGCUACUGAUGUGAUCGAGUUCGUGAAGCAUUGUUCUUUAUCUCAGUCACUUGAGGCUGGAGAAUAUUCUAAGGCCAUUGAAUAUUUGAACUCGAUGCAGUUAUCGUUUAGAGAUGUUCAGAUGUUUCUUCUCAAGCCUAGGCUGAAUGUGGUGACUAAUUUGGUCGGCUUACACUACUGCAUUUUCUGCCUUAAAGUGCAGGCGGAGCAUCUCAUGGAAGCAAUCCUGAAUUGCAGGAUUUCAGAGCGAAAAGUCUGUGUAAAAUGGUGGAAGCUCGGAAGAUGGUCACGCGGGUUUCGGAUGAGGGAUGAGUCUCAUUCUCGCAAUGUAUCUUUGGCAGAUCUUAUGACAGACAAGGGGAAGGAGGUUUUACCGGUCCUUCAACGAGGCGCCAUCCAUGAGGUCUUACGUGUCGAAAUAUGCAUGUCUACUGCUACAUCUUCUCCAUGGCUUUGUCAAAGCUCACAGAUCCAAUUUUAGGAGGACAGAAACUGCAGAGCUUCUCUUCUGUUAGGCAAAGUUCUCAUUGCCAAUCCUGUGAGUGGAAUACUUUUAUCACUUCGUAAUGCAGCAUACUUGUUUUAUACUAUGUAAAGAAUGAAAAGAGUGCAAAUGUGAUCCCUUCAUGUAUAUAUAAGCUUGUGUCUGUAAUGUGCAUUUGUAAAUUGUACAAGUCUGUAUGUAUAUUUUUAUUGUAAAAUCCGUUAUAUAUUAAUAAAGAUUUGGAAUAUAUUUCUCAA